AUGCAGGAAGCCGAGACCAACCUGUCGAACAUGGUCGCCAAGGUCGAGGCCGAGCUUGAGAAAGCUAUGGCUUUGGAGGCUGCACCCGCUGCCAAGAUCAAGUCCGCGCAGAAGGCAGCAGCGCGACUCACCGAGGCUGCGGAGGCUGCGCGGAGUUCGCGCAUGGCGGCAGGCGAAGAGUGGGAUAAGGCGCUCGAGAUAGAGGCGAAGUGCGCGGAGCAUCAGGCAGACAUGGCCUUGGCCAUGCAGGGCCUGGCACCACCCGGCGGGCCGCAGCUCCGAAGCCUGCAGGCGGACCGGCGGGCAGCUGAGAAAGAGAAGCAAGCGGCAGAAAAGGCUGUCGCCAAAAUCUCUGUCUCUGGCUCCCGUGCUGUGGAGCGCCUAAAUCAGGCAGUGGCCGAUCUCCGCGACACCCUGAACUCGGUGACAUCAGCCUUGCAUGGCCUGAGUGGGGAAGCUACACAGGCUCAUGCCAAGGUUCUGGAUGAUGCCGGAAAACAGCUCGCCGAGGCCUGGCGGGGUGCCCGAGCUGCCACGGAGGUGGCGGCGCGCGGCGCUGCAGCGCAGCGCCGGGCGCGGAGGGCGAGGUUGGGUUCCAACAGCAAGGCGCGUGAAGACGCUGCCAGACAUGCAGUGGUGCAGAAGCAGUAUGCCAAGGUGACACAACACCUGGAGGCCUGCCGAGCUCGGACAGCGGAAGAUGAGGCGGCGCUGCAAGCCGCACAGGCGGCGGUGGCUGAGGCAGAGGGCCGCGAGCGCCAGCAGAAACGCCUCCGUGAUGAUUGCAAGGCAGCCAUCAGCGAUGCAAAGCAGUGCCUCAAAUCUGCUCGCCUAGCAGAGAAGGAAGCAACUGCGGAAAGGACAUCUCUGUACAAGCACUAUGCCAAUGCUGAUGAAGGCCUUAAAGAUGCGCUGAAGUUCGCCAAGUCAGCAGAGCAAGCCUCUGCUGCAGAGCGGCAGAAGGCCAUUGCAGCCCUCAAGGCCUUGAAAGCCGAGGAGUAUGAUGCCAAUCAGGUGGUGGAGGCCUACGCGCCACGGCCUUUGACGCGGCACACGGUCGAUGGGAGCUGGCUCUUGCAGCUUCGAACUCAGGGCCCUGUUCGCACGGCAGAUUAUCCAGAAGCCAGGGGUCCUGGGCUUUUACGCCCGCUCUUCUUCUUCACGCCCACAAACCAAGAUGAAGCAGGGCCUAUGCAUGACGACGGCAAGGGCACCAUUCGAGUCCGACCAGAACACGUUACGUUGGAGCCCGAAACUUCGAGCUCGGCUUCUUCCUCCGCUGCCAUGCCGGAGUCCGACGUUCCCGAGGAGUUCCGUUGCGUGAUCACCAGGGACCUCAUGGAGCGACCUGUGAUCACCUCGGACGGUCACACAUACGAGCGCAGUGCGAUUGCCAAGUGGCUGGAGGAGCACAGCACUUCGCCCAAGACCGGCCAGGAACUGCCUGACAAGGUCUUGCGGCCGAACCACGCCUUACGGGCGCAGAUCAUCGCCUACCGGGACACGGGGCUAGCUGAGACUGAGAUUUCUCCAUGUAGCGAAGCACUCUACGGCGAUGAGCCCGGCGAGGUAGAGGGCCAACCUUGUGGUGAAGAGGUGGAUGAGCUGGACACCACCCCUGCGCACGUGAGGGAGCAGCUGCUCUCCAGCCUCCAAGUUUCGGAGCAGGAGGUUGGCAGGCUCUUGAAACUGCCUCAGCGCUAUCCCGAUGGCCGAGCACACCCGUCCUGGAUAGCUGCGCGGAGAAAUCGCGUGACAGCCUCGCGCUUCGCUGCAGCCUGCUCAGCGCCUGGUGCAAAAAGCAAUCGAAAGGUGGUGGUGGCCGACAUGCUCGCCCUGCCCGAAGCCAAGGCUAACCAGGCCUUGCGCUUUGGCGUCCAACAUGAAGAUGUGGCGCGGGAGGCCUACAUUGCUUGGCGACGGGAAGAAGCGCUAAAGAAGUCUUUGGGUGAGCUGGACCUCCUGGUCGAGGCCUUAGGCCUUUGUGUUUGGCUGGAUGAGCCAUGGCUGGCCGGUUCCCCGGAUGGACUUUGUGUCCUCGAGGGGAAGCCCGAGGGCCUUUUGGAGAUCAAGACUGCGAAGGAGUGGAAUGGACUCUUCCAAAGCGAGGAGCUCCCGAUGGAUUGGAAAUAUCAAGUUCAUGGCUGUCCCCUGGUGAGCAGUCCUGACCCUUCUGCUUCCUGCGUUCUGGUGCCCAAGGUAUGCGCAUAG